GGCGAAGUCCAGUUCUCGCGAUGUGUGGGAAUACUGUGCCUACACUGUAUCGCAGCAACAGAAAUGGCCGCUUUGCGUAGACUCUUCCUGGCGCUGAACAAGCCCACCGGGUUUAAUUUCACUUCCCUGCCGCGAAAUAAUCGCUUCGGGGCUCAGACUAUUAAGAAAACGAGUGUACAGAGGUCUGUUGCGAUAGGAAUAUGCCUCGCUGCCGGAGGUGCUGUAGCCUAUUACUGCUACCAGGAGAUGUAUAACGACAGACGCAGGACGGGAUACCGACUCAACCGCGGAGUCCUGCUUCCAUCCCUACCCGCAGUAGCUGCUAAAGAAAAGGCCCAGACGAUCGACCUGGAGGACGGCGACGUGCGCAUGUCGUCCCACGAGCACCGCUUCCGCAUGUUCAGCUCGGUGGAGUACGAGGGCCAGCUCUACAUGACGCCGCUCAACUUCAUCGAGUCCCUCACCAUGAGCGAGCCCAAGGAUAAGAAGUCAUGGAGGUCCCUCACCAAACAGGAGCUUGAGAAGAUUCUCACAGACACGCCUCCCGUUUGGAAAGGAACCUCAAAACUGUUCCGGAAUCUGCGGGAAAGAGGCAUCAUCGCUUACACUGAGUAUCUCUUUCUGCUCUGCAUCCUGACAAAGCCCCACGCCGGAUUUAAAAUCGCCUUCAACAUGUUUGACGCAGAUGGAAACCAGAUGGUGGACAAGAGAGAGUUCCUGGUGCUUCAGGAGAUCUUCCGCAAGAAAAACGAGAAGAGGGAGAGAAAAGGAGAUGCUGAGAAAUCUGCACAGCUGAGUUUGCAGCUGUAUGGAUAUCACGUUGCCCCCGGCAACAGCGUUCUUAAAAAAGAGCCUCAGGAAUUUGUGCCCAGGAGCUACUGGGACAUUCUGAGACGGGGCACGAGUCAAGCUCUCUUUUCUGACCUGGCAGAGCGAGCGGAUGAAAACAUGAUGAUUGACACCACGCUGCUGGUGCAUUUCUUUGGGAAGAAGGGGAAGGCUGAGCUGACGUUCCAGGAUUUUUACAGAUUCAUGGACAACCUGCAGACUGAGGUCCUGGAGAUCGAGUUCCUCACCUACUCCAAGGGCAUGACCACCAUCAGCGAGGAGGACUUCGCCCGCAUCCUGCUGCGCUACACCAACGUGGAGAACAUCAGCAGCUACCUGGAGAACGUCCGGCAAAGCAUUCCAGAUGAGAAGACGCAAGAGGGAAUCACGUUCGAGGAGUUCAGGUCCUUUUUCCAGUUCCUGAACAACCUGGAGGAUUUCGCCAUCGCCAUGCAGAUGUACAACUUCGCCAGCCGCUCCAUCGGGCAGGACGAAUUUGCGCGUGCCGUUUACGUGGCGACGGGACUGAAGCUCACCCGCCACCUGGUCAACACCGUUUUCAAGAUCUUCGACGUGGACCACGACGACCAGCUGAGCCACAAGGAGUUCAUCGGCAUCAUGAAGGACCGUCUGCACCGCGGCACUAGGAGCUACAAAACUGUAGAGCGCUUCACUUCCUUCCGAUCCUGUCUGAAAAAGGAGCUGGCGGGCAGCAGGUGAACCGGCGACGCCCGUCUUCCUUCCCCACCUGUGUGAGGAGGGAGGCUGGGAAGCAGGCGAGGCAGCUGUGGAGGAGAUUCCAGGACAAACCGUAGAGGAGGAGGAGGAGACGACCGUCACCGGGAUGCCUGGCAGAGCUGUCAAUCACUGAGACCGGACACACGCCCACACCCCGCCCAUUUCCCCCGUAAAAUGCUACACUCUCAAACGGCAACAUCAUUCUGCUGUGACCCGCAAUCUCAACCUGUAACUUCCCUUUAAUUUCUGCAUUAGAUUAUCCAUGCAAGGAUGAUUUGUAGUAAUAACAAUAAUAAUAAUAUUUUGUGACAAAUUUUGUAAACCAAGUGAAACAGGACACAGGGGCUAGGCUUAUAAAUGUCAGAAUUUGGCCAAUGACACUAUACCACCACCUGGUGGUCAAUCUGCACUGCAUUUUAACUGAGGCAAGAGGUGCUUGAACAUCUAAAAAGAAUCCUGACAAAAACAACAGGUUUCAAGCAUCACAGGUGUAAUUAUAGUACACUUGUGAAUUGUGACUAUUCAUGAGUAUGUCAGUGAGUAGUGAUAGUAAUAAUAAUGAACUUAUUUAUAUUUACGAGUGGUACAUAAUUAAUGUUGCACUUGUAAAUAUUCUUGAGUGUACGAGUAAUAAUUCAUUCACGAAUGCAGCUUUUAUGAGUACGUAAAAAGUACAUCAAGAACUUGGUUGCGAAUAGUCACGCGCAGGCAAAGUCUUUAGCUUCAGUACGACUGCAGCUUACAGCACAGACGGUCUCCGUAGCGACGGCGCUCAGACGAGGAACGUAAUGAAACGCAGGUCUUGCCGGGCUCCUGAGUGGCUGUUCGCGAACACAGCGGAAACUCCCCGGAGUUGGAGGACACCGGGAGUCUGUCAUUAAUACGCUCUGUCUGCUCUGUCUUACCCGGGUUCAGGAGUUUAACUCUUACCUUUGGGGAGCUUCCGAGAACACACACAGCCCGCAACCACACAUUCCACACUCGUCACCCCACAAAUAAAGACACGCUGAUCGCCUUCUGGUCACACCACAGACUUGGCACUUUAGACGUGUAUAUGAUCCCAUGUAUAUGAUCCUAAAGCUUUUUUAUAGUCAGUUUCACACACACACACACACAGGUACAUACACAUACACACACACACUUGUUUAUAUAUUACAUGUAUGCAGUAUCUCCUUCAUACUCCAAAUAUUUGGCAAAAUAUGCAUAAUAUAUGAUUUUGUACUCCAUUAUUCACAGAAAUGAGUGCACCCAACAGAAGAAGAAGAAAAACAAGCCAUAGCACUUGGCUAUGGAAAACCGAUCUUUUU